UUCCUGCUUUGAUCCUUCCUUUGCCCCCGUCGCGUUCAUUGGCAAUAACAAAACCUCCAUUGACGAGCACAUCUACCUUCCUCCACUCUCUCUCUCUCUCUCACGAAACUCCGGAGAUCGCCGACACUUUUCGGGCGACGUUCUCUUGCUCAAUCUUAGGAAUCUCCGAAAACCCUACCUUGCUGCAGCCAGUCCGAGAAGCUUCCCGCUCCUCCGAGGCUUUCCUCUCGCAUUACAGGACGGCGGGUUCAACAUGAGGCUCGGUCAGAAUCACUCUCACCCGAAUCAGUCACAGAAAAUGGCACUCGCUGGACUCGUCACGGUCCUGUUUCCGGUCUUCUUCCCCAAUCUGUUCAAGCCACUGGGCCGGGCUUCGCCUUCCAUGUUCUCCUCGAUGCCUGACCGGUUCAGUGAUCUUCCAUCCGAAUGGAAUGCUCCAAAACCAAGACAUUUGCCUCUGCUAAAGGCAGCCAUACAGCGGCAAAUUCCCUUCAGACAACAGUUGGAUCUAUGGUCUCCAUUGCCUGAUCAAGGAUGGAAGCCCUGUAUUGGGUCUACAGAUGAUCCCCCUCUGCCCGGGAAAUCUCUGGGAUACAUCCAGGUUUUUCUUGAUGGAGGCUUGAACCAGCAGAGGAUGGGGAUUUGUGAUGCAGUUGCUGUUGCCAAAAUCUUAAAUGCCACUCUGGUGAUUCCACAUCUUGAAGUCAAUCCUGUGUGGCAAGAUACGAGUUCAUUUUCAGACAUUUUUGAUGUGGAUCACUUCAUCAGUGUAUUAGAAGGUGACAUUUCUAUAGUAAAAGAGCUUCCUGGCAAAUAUUUCUGGAGCACAAGGGAAUAUUAUGCUACAGGGAUUCGAGAUACCAGAAUUAAGAUGGCACCUGUUCAUGCUUCAGCUAACUGGUAUCUGGAAAAUGUCUUGCCUAUUCUGCAGAGAUUUGGAGUUGCUGCUAUUUCCCCAUUCUCUCACCGUUUAACCUUUAACAAUCUCCCACCAAACAUCCAGCGCUUGCGAUGUAAAGUCAACUUUGAAGCACUAGCUUUUGUUCCUCAUAUCAGGGAAUUGGGUGAGACCCUUGUAAGUCGCCUUCGUUACCCUGCUACAGAAAGUCAAGCAAUGGGGAACUUAUAUAUGAAAGACGGCAGAGAGAAGACGAGAAAUCAGGGAUCAGGAAAGUUCGUUGUGUUACAUCUGCGUUUUGAUAAGGACAUGGCAGCUCAUUCAGCAUGUGAUUUUGGUGGGGGUAAAGCUGAAAGAAUGGCCCUUGCGAAGUACCGUCAGGUAAUAUGGCAGGGAAGGGUGGUGAACUCCCAAUUUACCAAUGAAGAACUAAGGAAUCAGGGCCGUUGUCCUUUGACGCCUGAACAGAUUGGGUUGCUGCUUGCAGCUUUAGGUUUCAGCAACAGUACACGACUCUAUCUUGCUUCUCAUAAGGUGUAUGGAGGAGAAUCAAGGAUCUCAACUUUGCGCAAAUUGUUUCCACUAAUGGAAGACAAGAAAAGUCUCUCCUCAGCAGAAGAGCGAUCCAAGGUCAAAGGCAAGGCUUCUUUACUGGCUGCAGCUGAUUAUUAUGUAAGCAUGCAAAGCGACGUCUUCAUUUCUGCGUCUCCAGGAAAUAUGCACAAUGCUGUGCUAGGACAUCGAGCGUUUUUGAACUUGAAGACUAUAAGGCCAAACAUGGGGCUUUUGGGGCAGCUCUUUCUCAAUAAAAGCAUGGAGUGGUCAGACUUCCAGCAUGCUGUUGUCGAGGGACAUAAAAAUAGACAGGGACAUAUUCGGUUGAGAAAGGAGAAGCAGUCCAUAUAUACGUAUCCUGCUCCUGAUUGUAUGUGUCAAGCUUAAGAGGAUUGAAGUGGAUUCUUGCGUAGCUCAUGGCAUCUCUAAUUAAGAGCUUGCUGCAUCGUGAUAUAGUCAAUACAUCUGCGGGGUAGCAUCUCUAAGUGGCUCUUUAGUAUGUGCCACAUGCUAUUUGUAAUGUCGAUCUCAUUCCCUUGGUUUAA